AAAGAAGUUAUUGUUUGAGGGAAUGGCAGAUUAUCCACUUCGUGUUCGUAAAGUUGGAAUUAAGGUUGAAUUGCCAAAUAAUGAAAGCUUUGAAGAAGAAAGUGUGGACAACUCUGAAGUAGAAAGUGUGGAAAGCUCUGAAGAAGAAUGUGUGGAAGGCUCUAAAGAAGAAUGUCUGGGAAGCUCUAAGGUUGAAUUGCCAAAUAAUGAAAGCUUUGAAGAAGAAAGUGUGGAAAGCUCGAAAGAAGAAUGUGUCAGAAGCCUUAUGGUUGAAUUGCCAAAUUAUGAAUGCUUUGAAAAAGAAAGUGAUGAAAGCUUUGAAGAAGAAGAUGACAGCUCCGAAGAAGAAUGUGCUGGAAGAUCUAAGGUCGAAUUGUCAAAUUAUGAAUGCUUUGAAAAAGAAAGUGAUGAAAGCUCUGAAGAAGAAAGUGAUGACAGUUCCGAAGAAGAAUGUGUUGGAAGAUCCAAGUUUGUUCAGGUUCUCUCCUGAUGGCCGACGGUUCUGUUAAUUCUUCCGAACGGACUGUCUCGGAUGUCGCUGUCACAUCUGCGGUCUCUCUGGCGGUGGCCUCUAUGUCCAUAGCUCAUCACUAUGUGAGUAUCAAGUUAACCAAUAAUAAUUUUCUGUUUUGGAGAACGCAAGUCGUGCCGUUUCUUCGCGGUCACGAAUUAUUAGGGUUUGUUGCCGUGCCCUCCUGCCACAUUACCUGCCGCUGGUGAAGUGCCUCCCGCGUCGAACCCUGCUGCCAGCGAGUUGAUAAG